AAGUAGCGCCACGAGUAUCACCGAGUGGUACGUGCGGUUGUCAAUAUAACAGUAUCAUUUCCGCGGAGAAGGUACAGUUAAUAGAACCUGUAGUUUUGCCGAAUCACGAAAAUGGAGCUUGAAAUUCUAACCGCAAAAUCAUCAAAAUCUAUUGCCACUAUAACCGUAAAUCCAAACACUACUAUUGGUGCUAUUAAACAACAAUUAUAUGAACUGAAAAAAGCACCAUAUGUACAAAGACAAAGUUUAAGACUAGAUGCUAAAGGAAAAGCUCUAGCAGAUUCGGAAACUGUUAAAUCAUUAUCUUUGCGAGUUGGCGAUAAAUUAUAUUAUAAAGAUUUAGGACCACAGAUUAGUUGGAAAACUGUAUUCUUAGUAGAAUAUGCAGGACCACUAGUAAUAUACCUUUGGUUGUAUCAGCGUCCUUGGUUAUUCUAUGGUGAUGUUGUCAGUACAAAAGUAGAUUGCACAGUUAACUGCGCUGCUAUCUGUUGGACGAUACACUAUGCUAAACGUCUACUAGAAACAUUAUUUGUGCAUAGGUUUAGUCAUGCUACUAUGCCUUUACGCAACCUCUUCAAAAAUUGCUCAUAUUAUUGGUUAUUUGCAAUGUAUGUAGCGUAUCAUAUCAACCAUCCAUUGUAUACACCACCGAGUAAACUAUAUUUUUAUGCGGGAUUAGCCACAUUUGCUUUAUGCGAGUUGGGGAAUCUUUUCAUUCACCUAGCGUUAAGAGAUCUCAGACCACCAGGUAGUACGGUUCGGAAGAUUCCUGUGGCUACUGGAAAUCUAUGGACUCUGCUGUUUAAUUUUGUCUCUUGCCCGAACUACACAUAUGAAAUUGGCAGUUGGAUUGGCUUUACCAUUAUGACUUCGUGUCUUCCAGCUGGACUGUUUACCUUGGCCGGUGCUUACCAAAUGACUAUGUGGGCAUUAGGAAAACAUAGAGCAUAUAAAAAAGAGUUCUCUCAAUAUCCCAAAGCCCGCAAAGCUAUUUUCCCUUUUAUACUUUAGUCAAUUUAAAAGGUAAUCUUCAUUCCAAAUACUUCUGAUAGGGUACUUUUACUAAAUUUGUUAAUAAUUUAAAUGUUAAUGUAUAAAUAUAUUUCUUUUAUUGUUGUA